AUGACAGUUUUCCUGUCCUUUGCAUUCUUCGCUGCCAUUGUGACUCACAUAGGCUGCAGCAACCAGCGCCGGAGUCCAGAAAACGGAGGCAGAAGAUAUAACCGGAUUCAACAUGGGCAAUGUGCCUACACUUUCAUUCUUCCCGAACACGACGGGAACUGCCGGGAGAGCGCCCCGGAGCAGUACAACACGAACGCUCUGCAGAGGGACGCUCCACACGUGGAGCCUGAUUUCUCUUCCCAGAAACUUCAGCAUCUGGAGCAUGUGAUGGAAAAUUAUACUCAGUGGCUGCAAAAACUUGAGAAUUACAUUGUGGAAAAUAUGAAGUCGGAGAUGGCCCAGAUACAACAGAACGCGGUUCAAAACCACACGGCCACCAUGCUGGAGAUAGGAACCAGCCUCCUGUCUCAGACUGCAGAGCAGACACGAAAGUUGACAGAUGUUGAGACCCAG